AUGAGUUGGGUCGAGCCUCACCCGUCUCACUUCAUCCCUCAGAGCCAAGGUGCAUUGGGGACCAACGCGGUGCUAUAUGGGACGAUGCAUGAGAACAUCAUGAACCUGGAGGUGGUGCUGUCUGACAGGACAAUCGCUCACACUGCCGACAAGGGGCGCCAAACUAAGAAGAGUGCAGCGGCCUACAGUCUGACUAAUCUGUUUGUAGACUUGAGGGGACGCUGGAUCAUCACCAAGGCCAUGCUGCGUCUGUACGAGAUCAUUGUCUCAACUGUCUGCUCCUUUUCAUCAGGCCAGGCGGCAGUGGACAGCACCGUGCUAAUCCUACAGUGUGACAUUCUGAUCGCUGGUAAGAGAUUCCUCUAUUUCUAGAUGAUUGACGCCUGUAACAGGUGCAGUAAGCUGUACUGCCCUGUCUCGCCGACACUCUUCCUCGAGUUUCAUGGCAGCGAGCGCAGUCUGGAAGAGCAGGUCUCUUUGGCAGAGGAGAUCACGAAAGCCAGCAGCGGCUCGGACUUCAGCUGGGCGAAGGACCAGGAGACGAGAAGCCGGCUGUGGAAGGCGCGGCACGAUGCCUGGUACGCAGCACUGGCAAUCAGACCCAGGUGCAAGGGAGCUUACUACACAGACGUGUGUGUGCCCAUCUCCAGGCUACCGCUGAUCGCUGUGGAGACAAAACAGGACCUGACCCAAAACAGACUCACAGGACCAAUUGCUGGCCAUGUGGGAGAUGGGAAUCUCCACUCUGAUCCCACAGACCCUGACGAAGUCCAGAGAGUUCAGGAGUUCACUGACCGUCUGGCCAGGCAUGCUCUGGCACUGGAUGGGACCUGCACAGAAGAGCACGGGGUGGGGCUGGGGAAGAGAGCUCUGCUGCGGGAGGAGGUGGGACCCCUAUGCAUGGGGGUGAUGGAGGGGGUCAAGGCCUUCCUGGACCCCCAAAACCUGAUGAACCCUGGGAAGGUUCUGUAGUAAUGCCCAGAACUGAUACUGAACCUCUGUCUCAUUUCUCACCAAGAGGACGACCCCCUCUGCAGCUCCGAUUGUGUGGAAAUACUAUAUAUAGCAUCCUCAGUACCUCACUUUGAAGAGGUGCUUAAAAAAGCCUCUGGUUUCUUGUUUCUAACCCGUCUUCAAAUCUACAUAACUCCUAUCACAUUAUUCUGUAGUUCCAGAUGUAUGUAGAAAUGGCAUGUUAGAGAUGGAUUGACUCCUCAGAACAUUUAUUUUAAAUCCUUAAUUUAUAUAAAUGCCAAGUUUUUAAAUGAUGUGCUUAAAAGAUUGUUUAUAUAUUUUACAUGCUAUACAGUAAAUGAUACAUCAUUUGUUCCUA